GCGGGCAGUGACGGUGGAGUGAAAGGUGCUCGUGUCAUUACUGCUCCCACACCGACAACAACAACAAGAGAAGCCGCCAGUCCGCUCUUCUUUUUGGGCACAGCUCGGAUUUUAACGACACUGACGUUAAACGCACGACAUGCGCGGACUAACUCGGCAACAGAUCCCGUGAAAGAAGCUGGAAUAACAUUGUUGUUCGUGUGGAUCAAAACAUGCGCGCUGAGUAAGCGGCACUACUUUCCGCAGAGAGUGUCCCGCUAGCAAGAACCGCGUCGGUAAAAGCUGAGCACCGGACUGAUAACCGCCGAGUCCUAAACAGCUGUCUUUAACAGGUGGUGUUUGUUAUGGCUCGGCCGCAGAUGGACAGCAGGGUGGACAGUCAGAGUCCCACGGCACCGCAGAGCUGCAGGAUGGAGGUGCUGCGUCGGGACGCCUGGCCCAGUGGAGGCACACAUUCAGCCUCUCAGGCCCGCCACCGGCAUCGGACCAUGGCCACUCAGACCAGCCCUGUACUCCUGUCCCAUGCCCGCACACAAGAUGCUGCAAGCUUGCCCAACACCAACCAGCAAGACGGCCCACUUAGAGACAACACAGGAACCGAACCGGAGCGGUCCUCAUCUGCUGAGACACAGCAGCCUCUGCAUGAUCUCACAGCUGAAAGCCACAGUUCCUCAGCAGACUCCAGCCGCAGAGAAUCCCCUGCCGAGGAGGAGCCCACGCCGGAGGAGCAAGCCAUCCAUAGAGUGGCCAUCCAGCUGAGGACCAUAGGGGAUGACAUGAAUGCAGUUUACCUUCAGAGAAGGAACGAGGCUCCUCAGUGGCAGAACUGGAGAGGCCUGUAUCGUGGUUUGGUGGCCUUCCUUGCUGACACCAUCAGCACCCUCUACCAGCAUGGAGUCAGAUAAACGGGUAUAUUGGCCACUUUGGGGGCGCUGGCGCUCCCCAACACUUCCACUAAUGAACUGCACUGGCUCGGGGACAUUUCUGCAGGACCAGAAUGCAUUUUUUUUUUGUUUGUGUUGUUCUUCUUGUUGUACAUUGAUUUUUUUUUCCUGUCUCUUUUUUGGGAGUAGUUUCAUGUAGCAUGUGACUGAAGUGUGGGGGAAAGAAAAGACUGUGUGCCUCUCUGGAUCUCUAAACUGUGAAGCACAAUCACUUGGACUUUUUGGUGUUCGUACAUUUGCUGACGUCAGCCUAAAGGCCUGGAUACUCUGAGGAGUCGUGUCAGGUCAAUCUGUUUUAGGUGUCUUUCAAUGAUGUGUCAAACGGAGAGUGUCUGAUAGUCACCAGAUCAGUUAAAUAGCUCAUGUCAUUUGCAAGAAUUCAUUCUAGUUCUUAUAUAUAAGGAAAACCUCAUAUCUAAAAAAAAAGCAUUCCACGUUAUUUUGGACUAUUUCAAUUGGUCUGUUCAUCAUGUGACAGUCACAAAGUGUAAAGGGCAGCUGCUACUUCCAAAUGGUCUUUAAUAUAAAAUGGAAAAAAGUUGAGUUAAAGAAAGUUACAAGGCUUUACUAUGAUGUGACAAUAUAUUCCAUAUAUAGAAUCAUAUCUUUCUCAUUGACAGACUCCCUACCAGUUGACCAGCAUUAACUAAUCUUGGCACAUCCUUUUGUAUAUAAGACACCAGUUUUGUCUCAUAGCCAAACCCAAAAAAUCAGAGUAUCCAGGUCUCUAGACAGCACUAAUUGGAUGGUUGGGUUGUGCUGUAGCUCCUCAGGCACUGAAAUGCUGUAUCUGUCAUAGGACAUGCUCUUAGCUGCCUUACAGAGCAAUACUGCUGCACAAUCAAGUCACCAAUGGCACAGGAAGGCAUACCCACACACCGCAUAAGGGAAAAAAAGGGUUGUACUAAACGUGACUAUCAAGAAGGGACAGGCAUUUCAACCACGUCCCUGACACUGAACGCAGUGUGGCCAACGUGCCUUACAUCACCCUUAAAAAUGCUAGUUUCACAACAAGGGUGAUGAGUAAACGGUGUGUGGGGGGUCUAGGGUCAGUGCCUUGGUGCUCCCACCUGUAUCUACACUUUGGAACACAAAAUUCUCCCCUCAUUUCAAAGACUGGUCACCUCCAAUGGAGGCACCCAGAUUGAGGCCGGAAGCCUUGUGGUGAGGCCAGACCACAGGUUCUCCAAAAGGCUAGGUAGCAGUGUUAAUAUUUGUAACAAUACACAUGUAAAUAUUGUGGGAGGAAAAAAGAAUUGGCUAAAGGCAAGAGAUGGAAGGAACUGGCCAUUCUCUUUCUGAUGCAUUGUAUAUUUUGACGAUGAAACCUUAAAGUACUUAACAGUUCCUUGUUUUUGUUUGAACGCAGUACAAGUUUAAUUGUUUUUCCUGAGCCUUUUGGACCAGUGCUGGGAAGUAAAGAACGUACUUAAGUCCAGUAGAUAUUUAACCAUUCAAAAAAAAAACGUACCUAGAUUUUGAUACGUCCUUUUCUUGAGAAUUUAAAACGUUUUGUUAGUGAACAUUCCCCUUACAAAUAUAUGAUAUAUCUGUGCCUGAGAAACGAAGGUGAGAGGUGUAAGCUAUUUAUUUUGUAUGUCCUAUACUUGGUCCUUAGUGAUAUAUAGGGGGUGAUCUGAAAUAUUUGGUUUAUAAAGCGAUGUUAAUGUUUAAAGUUAUUUUCAUGAAUGGUGUUUUUUUUGUCUUUAAAACAAGGCUUGGGGGUUUUCAAAUGAUCAAGCAGAUCGAAUGAGCAUGGAGAUAUAGUUUUCUUAUCUGGGAACCCAUACUGUAUAUUUCCGUAUUAUCACUGUUUCUAUGUAAUACAAUCUGUAACCAUCACCCUGAACAAAACCACAGAAGAGCAAACCAUGUUGAAUUGUUCUGCUGUAAUUCAAUUGAUGGUCAUUACUUUGCUGCGGAGAAGUUUAUACUAAUUAAAGAAACUGAGCCAGAGUUUUUGUACUUGAAAACAGACGUUUCAGACUUCAAUAUGCGGACAUGCAACAUUGUUUUGGGAUGGUAAUGUCUCUGGGGCCUUCUACUACAUGACUUGUUGCCAUAGCUCUUACAUAGACAUCAGGUGCAUAUCUAACAUAGGUUUUGUUCAAAGAGCUUCCCUUACAAACCACUUUUUUACUGUCUGUGGGUAAACCAUGUGAAAACCUUAUUAGCACUCAUCUUUUUUGUUGUCCUUUUUAUCUGGGUACUGUAUCUCCGAGCAUACUCAGUACUAGAGGUCUCCUCGUGACUGCCUGUCUCAUGACUUCCUGAAUAAAAGCAGUGGAGGCCACUCUAUGGCCAUCCUGUG